UAGGCGUUACAAUAACAGUUGCGAAAUUAUUGCGGGGAUUUUUAGUGUAAAAAAUGUUUGAGGCACGCCUAGGAAAGACAGCGCUGCUGAAAAAGAUUGUGGAGGCCUUGAAGGAUAUACUCAAGGCUAGCACAUUGGAUUGCAGCGACUCUGGCAUACAACUGCAGGCCAUGGACGACUCGCACGUCUCUUUGGUGGAGCUUUCCUUGAGUAGCGAGGGUUUCGAAAAAUAUCGUUGCGAUCGCAAUCUUUCCUUGGGCCUGCACCUGGACAUGCUGGCCAAGGUAUUGAAAUGUGCCAACAACGACGAUGCCGUAACCAUAAGUGCUCAGGAUAAGCCCGAUAAGGUGCUCUUUGCCUUCGAAUCGCAAAGCAAGGAACGCACCUCGGACUAUGAGCUGCGUCUGAUGAAUCUGGAGCAGGAGCAUCUGGGCAUUCCGGACACAAGCUAUGCGUGUGUUGUGCGCAUGCCUGCUGUGGAAUUCGCCCGCAUUUGCCGGGACUUGGCCAUGUUUAGCGAAACGGUAAUUAUAGCUUGCCAGAAGGACAGCAUCAAGUUCUCGGCUAGUGGCGAUGCGGGCACAGCGAAUAUCAAGCUGUCCCAAUCUGUCAUCGAUGAGGAAACACAGAGAGUCAGCAUCGAGGUAGAUGAGCCCGUUACUCUCUCAUUUGGCGGCAGAUAUUUGUCUUCGUUUACACGCGCCACGCCACUUUCCGAGCAAGUUAAGAUUGGCAUGGCUGUAAAUGUGCCAUUGUUAGUGGAAUAUGCCAUCGAAAAUUUCGGCUAUGUGCGCUACUAUCUAGCUCCCAAGGUGGACGAGCCGGAGGCGUAAAAGGGAGGACUCUAACUAUUUUUUUAAAUUAUCCAUUUAAUGCACGUGCAAUGUUUUGUGCAAUUUUUAUUCUAUAAGUCCCGUUUUUAUACCAAAUACUAUGUUUACACAAAUUAUAUAUUCAAAUAUUAUAUUUUAAAAAGACAA